AUGUCUGGAGCCUUACCUUUGCGGCCGGACAAGGCGCCCUUUCUGCUGAAGCUGCGUUCCUCAGCAGCGCUGAUUGUAACGACCGUCGCAUUUGCGAUCUUCACCGUGCGUCCUGCCCGCCCCCCGCGCGUGCAAGUCACUGACAUGGCAGCAAAGGAUGUCUUCCUGUACGGCGUCGUCGUUCUCGUCAUACCCUUUGCGCUACCCAAUAGGAUUGCCAUUGAGGGGGGGAAAGUCCAAUACUGGGUUUCGGUAUCUCUUGCGGUCUUUUCCGCCGCUCUCGUGGCCUUUUCACCCGUCUGGGGCUAUGUGGCAGAUCGGUAUAACAAUAAACGUGCGCUCAUGGUCUUUGGUCUCCUGCUCCUCCUUGGCGCCACUCUCCUCUUGUGCUUCAGCGUCAACAUCCCCAUGCUGUUGAUGGGUCGAAUACUGCAGGGCAUGUCGGCUGCCCUGACCUGGACCGUCGGUCUUGCCUUUCUCGUUGACUCGGUCGAAAAUAAUAAGGUCGGCUUGGCGACUGGUUGGAUUGCCUCGGCACAGACCGUGGGCACCUCCAUCUCUCCACUCCUCGGCGGCAUCGUUGUCGGACAGGGAGGCUACUAUCCGGUUUUUAUAAUGUGCUUCGGUUUCAUUGCCGUGGAUAUCAUACUUCGGCUCUUCGUGAUAGAGACCAAGGAUGCGAGGAGAUGGCCUGGGGUCGAAACAGAACGCACACCACACGGGGAGACUGAUCUCGCUGAACUGACUGGACUGGCAGUCGGCGAGAGCAGCGCCAGUGCCUUGGAAAGCGACGAUUCUACUCAAGGGAAACAGCCAGCUUACGUCGUUCGCGGCUCAACUUCAACUCAAAACAAUGCCAGGAGCUCCAUCGGAGCGAGGGGCUUGAUGCUUCUCCUCAGCAACCCUCGCCUCCUCGCAGCCUUGUGGGGGACUCUUGUCGAGGCAAGCAUCCACGCCUCUUUCGACAGCACCUUGCCUCUAUUCGUCUCGUCCACCUUUGGCUGGGGCCCCACCGCCGCCGGGCUCGUCUUCCUCAAUCUGGCAUUGCCAGCAUUCCUCAGCCCCUUGGUGGGAGCCCUUUCCGACCGCAUAGGCCCUAAGUGGCUGGCAACAGGGGGGUUUUUGGCGGCAACUCCCUUUCUUAUAUGCCUGCGUUUUGUCACGGAAGACACUCUCAGGCAUAAGAUUAUGCUCUGCGGCUUGCUGGCCGGGAUUGGCCUGUCGACAACCUUUGUCAUGGGCACCUUAAUGGCCGAAGUCACUUGGUCUGUUCAGCAAGACUCUGAGGACCCCACGACGGUCCCAUACUCAUUGGCAUAUGGAAUCUAUAACAUGGCCUUCUCAUGCGGUGCCAUAUUGGGGCCUGUCAUGGGCGGCUUCAUACAAGCUAGUGCCGGGUGGCAGAGUGUAGGAUGGAGUUUUGCGAUUCUAACCUGUACAGCAGCCAUAACGCAGGCCAUCUGGACCGGUGAGUAG